GUUUAACCAUUUUUCCUACGUCCUAAGCACAACGCUGGUACUGGCGUCACUCAGCGAGUCCCGUGACGUUUUUCCUUACCCUGCCACCUCUUCCCACCGCUUCCAUCCAUGGCCCAAUAGCCAUGUCUACCAAGAAGCGCAAUAGAGCCACUAAGGUGUGCGACUUCUGUAGAAGGCGCAAAGUUAAGUGUGAUUUGGGGAACCCCUGCUCCACCUGUGUCAAGUACGGCCACCGCAAUUGCCGAUACAAGGAACAAGACAACGAGGCCGACUCAGACUUCAAAGUCCAGGAUCAGUUGCUCCAGUUAAAGGAGAAAUUGAGACUGCUCGAAGAGUCUGUAAAUCAGAACCCAGCCUUCAGUGAGUACCACAAGGAAAAGAGCAGCAUCAGCAGUAGCAGCAGCAGCAGCAGCAACAUUAAUAACUAUAACAGUAAUCGUAACAUUUCUAGUAACAACAGUGUCAAUAACAGUAGUAGCGUGAAUAGCAAGAUCAAUAACAAUCUAAACAACAAUCUUAGCAAUCUUAACAUUAACAACAACCCUAACAGCAUCAAUGUUAAUGACAACCUCAAUAUCAACAACGAAGAUGUCAACUUCAACAGCAAUAUCACCAACAAUAACAAACGACAACAUCUUGCGGCCAGCAGUUCGCCACCAUUUGAGAACCCUGGUUUUGGAAUCUUGGAUGUACGGAGCGUCUUAGGGAGAAACCCCGUUGCAUCAGAGGAGGAUGUAAUCAACUUCUACGAUGGAUACUCGUCCGUCUACGACAAGGAACCAAUUAGAAGACGGAAUUUCGGGCCCAUGGCAUGGGUCACUUUAGUAAAAGUGGAUAACUGUAGUGGGAAGCUCUGGGACUAUAUACAUUGUGUCAAGAACUCGAACAAGGAAAUCCGGGGCGCCAACAAAGUAGACGUUUUUCCCACAGCCAACGCAGUGGACCAGGAUUUCCGAGAAAAGGUCACCGAAGAUGAAGGGUUCAACGAAGUGAGGCCAUAUAAAGAUGUUGCCUAUAAACUCUCACCGGGACACAAUAAGUCUUCUAUUGACAAUAAGCAUUCUCAGAAUACUUUGAAUGAGAAGGCCAAGAGCUUAGGCUUGAUGUUCUACCAAGGGGGAUUGGACGAGGAGUUGGCGUUGAUCGAAAAGAUCCGCUUGGUCUUGCCCAAACGUAAAGUCAUAUGGCUAUUGUAUAAGCGAUACUUCACCCACUUGUAUCUGGCCUUGCCAUUGCUUGACGAAGUCGUCUUCAAGGAAAAGAUCCAGAAGCUCGUGGGCCAGGAAAGCUACGAGGAUGUAGAUGUCAAAGUGCAAGUGGAGAUGCGAUUGGAUUUCGCCCAGUUGGGAUUGUUGCUCAUAGUACUUCGUUUGAGUUACUUGACGUUGUUCACGAAUGUCGCUUCUAUCAAUGAGGCGAACUUGAUUCUGAAUGAUCCAUCACCAAGAGCCCAGGAAAUCAAGUAUUUAUUGAACAAUCCCAUCAACAUCGACGUUAUAGAUGUGGCUCAGAGCUGUCUUAACCAGUUUAACCUAAUGAAGAAUGUCAACAUGACCACCAUGCAAUUGGCCAUGUACAUGAGGAUCUACCACAUGUAUGCUCCUGAAGAAGGCGACGGUAUCGACGGUGGAGAUGCGCAGGUGUUUAAUGCCAUGUUGAUUCAGAUGGCUUACUCUCUAGGCUUGCAUCGUGAACCAGACAAAUUUCCCAAAGAAUUGAACGACGAAAAGACAAACAACCUUGGAAGAAAAAUGUGGUACAUGUUGUUGGUGUUUGACAUGAACAACUGUAUGGCUAAUGGUACUCCCAUGAAUGUACACAGGUUGUCUUUCGACACCGUAUUCCCUUUUUAUAGACCAGGAAACGAGAACGUCAUAGAUGUGGAGGUAGAAAAAAGCGUCUUAAGUUCAUUCAACCGUUUCAACAACGUGUACGCUCCCAUGACAGAAAUUCUCGAUAUGAUUGUCAAAGUCAAGGGAGGGGUCAAGAUGACCGAUCUUGCUGAGAAAUUGUCGUAUAUGGAAUCUCACUUUGUAGAGGAGUAUGGCAAGAUAGGCAAUCAUUUCGACGCUGGAAACUUGAGUCAAGUUGAAGUAUACCAGACAACAUUAAAAGUCAAAAUCCAUCUAACCUCCAAUAUGUUUGUUGUCACAAUUUUUUUCCACAUCUUCAACUAUUACGAGAAGAAAGGAUUUUCUGAGUUAGCCUUCUUUUACCUCAAGAAGAUUUUCUUGAUCACCAUCUUAGACUUAAUGCCUUUCUAUUUUGAAUUCUUAGACCGCUCCCAUAUUAUUUUCAAGAAUUCCACGGAUUUGAGCAUUACUCCCGCAUUUGAAAUGGUGACUCAUAAGGCUCUUAUUGUAUUGAUGAGUAUACUAUUAAGAGUUAGAUUUGCUAUCAAGACGAGCGAGGACUCCUUUGAUCACAAUAUGAAAUUAAUCAAGGUUAUCAGCUACAAGAUAUAUUACGACUGUUUGAUUAGAAUUAAGGGUCUUCUCGAAAAGUGUUUGGGCGUUUUCAGAGAGAGCAUUGCAAAGUUAAGUCACAGAUAUUACUAUUCGUGGAGAAUUACCAAGGCACAGAACUUCUUAAACACACUUUUGACAAGCGACCAGUUAUACGAGACUUAUGCUCCCCGCAUGAGCGGGCCCAGAUUGGAAUUCACUAAUGCCAUGUUGGAAGAAUUGACCACUAUUCUUGAAAAGGCUUUAUACAAAGUGAAGGAACACAAGAAGGCCCAAAAAGGUGGGUCUCAAGCAUCUAAAGCAGAUCCAACGGUCAAGAGGGAUCCUGCGAGCUACACCGUUAGUGGAUCUGUUGGACUGAGUGACGAUCGCUGUAAUUCAUACGAAGAUCGUGACAAGAUUACACCUACUUUUUCGAGUACUUCUGUUGGAUCAACUACCUCUAAUGACAACUAUUUUGACGGUGACUACUUGCCCAAUGACCAGAUCGACUCCAUUUGGUUACAGAUGAUGUCGUUGAAGAGUCAGGCGGCAGAUCCCACAGCCAACUUCAACACCCCUGCCCCACUUGGAGUGGGCAUUCCUGGAUCAAGUAUGUAUGACGCAUUGGGAACGCCUGGUGCGUCCCUUGGUGGGGACAUGGGUCCUUAUCUUGAGACAGAUAAUCUCAACCUCUAUCAGCGAGACGAUUUCUUUGGAAACAUGCCUCUUGAAGAGAUCUUCAAAGACUUCAGCUGAUUUUUUCGUUUUUUUUCCACGACUUGUUUUACUAUUGCUUUUGAAACUAGAAAUUACCAUAAAAACCAUCAAAAAGACUAAAAAAAAGAAUGCUAAUUGAAUUCAGGAGAUCUAUUCCAGAUUUUGUAUAUAUCAUUGUUUAUUAACUUGUAAAUAGAACGAUUGUGAAUGAAUGAAUGUCUAUGUAAAUG